AUGGCGCUAUUCCCACUUGAACCCCAAUUUGCCUGUGCCAUCGUCGCCUCCAAGGAAUAUGCAUGUACUUCAGAAAUUCUUGACAUCAUCUCGAUCCUCUCAACCUCCUCAAAGCUGUUCCUCGACAUAACCGAGCAACGCGAGGCAGUUGCCGAAGCGCGACGCAAAUUUCGCAACCCAAGCGGGGACCACUGCACCAUUCUCAACGCUGUCAAGGCCUAUCGCGAGAUCGCCGCCGCCGAGAACAAACACGGCAGACGAGAGUGGUGUCGGAAGCACUUCCUGAAUGAACGAACUUUUCUUGAGGCCAGGGAUAUCCGCGAACAGCUCGUGGUGACCUGUGGCCGAGUAGGAAUGGACGCGACUGUGUCAGCGAAGGAGAACGAGGACGCGAUUGUGAGGAGCAUGGGUCAUGGGCUUGCCGGAAAUUCCGCUUUCUUGCAGGCAGAUGGGACGUACAAGCAAACCAUGGGACAGACGAUCAUCAAAGUACAUCCCGGUUCCACUCUGUGUGACAAGAAACACCCUGCCAUCAUAUACGACGAGCUGGUUUGUGCUGAUGUGUCUUGGUAG